AUGCCAUCUUUGUCGUACUUUUUAAAUAGAGCGCAGGAACUGUGCGAUACGAUACAGAACCUUGAGUUUAAGGCGCCCGGGAUCUUCACGAACUCGAUUAUCGCAGAACCAUCCAUCACGACGCUUUUGAAGGAUGCAGAGGACCAUGAACUGGCGCUUUAUAGGAUCAGGAAACCGGCAGCUAGCAGACGGAGGCCAAUUUCAAGUUUACAGAGCAGCUUGGCGUCAAAAGGUGCCAAUGAUUAUAGCAAUGCUGUACGAGAAGACGGGCUAAACUAUAAGCCAGAGAGAGUGGAUGGUAAGACGUACUAUGUCGACCAGAGUUUCCACGAGUUUAUGGAUCCUGAAGACGAGCAUAAUGGCGAGGAGGAGCUGCUGCAUAGAAAGAGGACUGCUGUGUGGGUGCCCGAGAUUGUACCUACCAAGAAGCUUAGGGGACCGGCAGCAGUGGCAGGCUCUUCUAUGAGCCCUCCCUCAUCUCCUACCAAGCUAUUCUCACGAAUUGACAUCGAAGGCGGCGACAUUGAGCAUAUUUGUUCAGAGGCCCUUGAAAUAAUACGGAGGUACCCCAGUCUAGUGAGCGAAGAGGAGGAUGCCAACCUCUUGGCGUACCGCAAGAAGUUGUUAUCGCUUAUAAAGGAAGUGAAGGAUUUAGAGGAAGUGGAAGGGAAGCAGGCGCGUCAGUUGGCUGAGUAUAACUUUGCUUUGAAUGAUGCGCUACUCUUGAGUUCACCGCUGAGAGCGGUUUUGAGAGAAGAAGAGGAAGAAGUAGAAGACGAAGAGGAGGAGGAAGAGGAGGAGGAGGAGGAAGUGGAUAUAGAUGCUCUUCUUGAACAAGAGGAGCUGGAGAUUGAGGAGCUAGAAACAAAGUUGGAGCAAAUCAACCAAGAAUAG